AUGGCCGACAAUCUGAACGGACGCCCGAAAGGCAUCCAGACCGCGCUCAUCAACGCCUCCGUCACUCUCGAACGCCCUCCCUACAGCCCCGCAGUCGGCCACCGCAAGGACCUGCCCUCCGCCGGCACCGCGCGCGUGAACAAGGCGAUCUCAGUCGAGAGCCCCGGCGGCACCUCGCUCUGGUCCGAGGAGCACGCGCAGCAGACGGUGCUCCAGCAGCACUGCGCCUUCUUCGACCGCGACGCGGACGGGGUCAUCUCGCCCCUCGACACCUUCCGCGGCCUGCGCCUGCUCGGCUUCGCGCUCGUCCUCUGCGCCGUCGGCGCGCUCGGCACCCACCUCCUCCUCUCGUACGCGACGAGCCCCUCCGUGCUCCCGGACCCGCUCCUCCGCAUCCACCUUCAGAACAUCCACCGCGCCAAGCACGGCAGCGACUCGGGCGUGUACGACAGCGAGGGGCGGUUCAUCCCGCAAAAAUUCGAGGACUUCUUCAGCAAGUACGGCAAGGGCAAAGACGGCGUGACGUUGAACGAUAUACGGGACGCGCUGAAGGGCAUGCGCGUCCUGAUGGAUCCUGUGGGCUGGUUUUGCACGUUCAUGGCAUGGACAUGGACAUACAUGCUUCUCUGGCCUGAGGACGGCUUCCUCAGGAAGGAUGACAUUCGGCGAGUGUUUGAUGGCAGUAUCUUCCAGGACAUCGCGGAGGGUCGCAAGGCCAAGAAGGAGUCUACGAAAAAGGGAGAGUAG